AACAACGAUCAGGCUCUGCAUGCUGCCCAUAACCGGUCGUGGGAGCUGGAGGAGGCCCUGGGCGAGGUGCAGAGGAGGAUGGCUGGCUCGGAAACCCGAGUGAGACAGAUGCAAGCUCAUCUAGUGGCUGUCAGAGAGCACUUGGUGGAAGAACUAAGAGUCCAGCUCCAAGAGGUCAAAGGUCAGCGGGAGGCAGCUGUAGCCGAACUAGGGAGGAUGCAGAAGGAGCUCAGCCAGAGCAGGAGGGAGGCAGAGCAGCAGAAGGAGAACCAGAGCUCCUUAAUGCAGGAACUGAGUCGGAUUUCCCAUGAGCUUCUCAGCAAAGAAGAGCAAAUAAACACGCUGAGGACCAGGUUAGCGGAAGUGGAGACACAGCAAGCUGAGAUGUUGUGUAAAGAAGCUCAAACCCCAUCAGAAUGGUGCCCCACACAAGAGAAGAGUACCAUGACUGACCUCACCACAGAAACUCCUAAACCAACUAUAGAUCUGGAGAACUACAUUAGCAAGAAUGAGCACACAGUCAUAACUAGCUCACUGAAAGAUGCACUGCAACAGGCUGAAACCAAAGCUGAUGAGGCUCUACAGAAGUACCAGAGUGUCCAGGAGGAGAACCAGAGCCUGCUGAGAGAACUUAAUGAACAAAAGACUGAGCUGGACACCAUACAGGAGGCUCUGCAGGCCAGGUUUAUUCCUGUUGCCAAAGUGGAGGAAAAGGAGAAAGAGGUGGAGCGACUCAAACUGGCCCUUGAAGAGAUGGAGAAGCAACAAAACCAGGCCAAUGUGAACAUCUCAAACAUAAAGGAUGAGGGUGUUCAGACAGAAGAACACAGGCAGCCAUGCACAAGUGAAGUACAGCAUAACCAAGUAUCAUCUUCUACAGGGAUUGACAGAGCAGAAUGUGAAGUUACUAGAAGUGAAGUAAAAAAAGCGCAGCUAUCUGAAAUAGAAAGCAAAAGUAGCACAACUGAAGACCUGGGGAGCACAUCACAAGUUGAAAAGUCAUCAGUGGAGCAUGAGGGAAAGAGGUUGGCUCAGGUCAACAUAUCAGAACCCAUGAGCUCCUGUGGACCAUCACAGCCUGACAGCUCCCUCCAGGCUCAGGUCCGCAGCCUGCAACAGCAGCUAGAGGUUAGUUACUGAUUGCUCUAUCCUCUAGGGCUAUUUCUUUGAGGUUUUGUUUUGUUGAUGCUUUCUUGGACAAGAGGCCUCAGUGCUUUUAGUGCAGAUUGGCUCAUCAUUUACUCAUCCUCAUGCCAU